AUGCAGAGCAUUGGUUGCGUUUGUGGGGAGCGAGAAGUUGCCAAACAAGUUGAUCUGGGCCAACGUGUAAACGGCGUCGACAUCGUCGUGGUCAGCAAGAUACUGCAAAUCCGACAACGCCUGGGUCUGGUUAUCGGACAUCUUAGACGCCAGAUACCGUUUUUUCAAAGUAUCGUACUGUUCGUAGUAAUCCACGUCCAAAGUCAAUUGGACUUGUUCCGUGGGAGGCGGGUGGAAUUCCUGGAGGAACUUGACGCGGCUCCUAAGCGCCGGUUCUUCGUUUCGCAGAACACUCACGCUUUCCUCGACGGAAAUAGCCGCCGAACUGGCCACAAGCCAGCUGAGGGCAACGAUCCGAAGCCACUUCAUCUAAAGAAAAAAAAAGACAAGGAAAUAUUUAGAUUAUUUGGUGUUGGGGGUAUUUCCAUGGCCCUUUUAUUUUGUCCGUGUUUGGAGCCUGUUGGGGCAGAAGCAGGGGUACCUUCUACGUUGAACGAUAGAAGAACCCACCACAAGCGAGAAGACAUGUUUUUCUGCGGCCAAUGUGCCAGUGUCAAGUGCUACCGAUGUGUUGAUCUCCACCAUGGAUCUCGCUACUGUCCGGGCUGUAUGCGCCAGUUCGAGUCCACGGCCCGCCAUUGUCAGCGUUCGUGUUUCAAAUGUCCGCGGUGUUUGUCGAAACUGGCCGUUAAGUCGCAAAACCACUACAAAGACGACGAUCCGUCUAAGAUCGACUACAAACAGUUUCUGUUCAAUUGUCCCAACUGCCGGUGGUCGUUUAGCUCCGGAGCAAUCACCAAGCCGCAGCCCGUGCACGACGUGGUGCUGGCGCAGCAGAAGUCCGCGCGCGAUUUGCGGUUCGACGACCUGCGAACGUUCUACGAGAAACAGUACGAGAGCUCCAAUGCCACGGAAGCACGACAUCGCAAGCGGCUGAUCGCCAAGUACUCGUCGCUGGAGCUUGCGCAAAUGCUGGAGAACCGCGGAGUCGCGCAGGUGGACGUUGCGAGGACGGCGUUUGCAGAAACGUCGCCUGCUCCGCUGUUCCAGGAGCUGUGUGCCAAGACCACUGUCCGGUGCAAGAGCUGUCGGUCUGUUCUUGUGGAACCCGACCCGGAGCCUGCGUCGUGCGAGUUUGCAACGCUGUCUGUGGCAAUUGACCACGUUCCGGAGCUGCGGUACGGCGACUCGCAGCUGACGGCGAUCAACCCGGCUAAACACCCCUCGGAGAUCACCCUUGCUGUGCUGGAGCCGGAGAAAGUGCAUCUGGACCAAACACGCGUGUCUCUGGGCGGGUGUCCCGAGUACACGAGUCCCGAGAAGUACGCACGACUGGUCCCGACGGGGGAAUUGGGCGGCCGCACGAAAUACUCCCGUGCAGAGUCCAUCACACGCAAACACCGCAGCCGGGGCCCCAACUGGGCCACGCUACAGAUGGAGAUCGCCGACCCGCACGUCACGACGGUGUCUGUUUACGUGACGGUGCGAAGUCCCGCUGGCGAGUUCUCGACGUGGCAGACGGUCGAGAUCGGAAAAGUUUCCGGCUAG